UGGAUUAAGUGCUCCCUGUAGGCGCAACGGCUGGUCGUUUAGCAUCGGGGACCGAGGUUUAGGAUGAAGAUUUUUUAAAAGAAUAUGGAUCGUUUCGACACACGAGAACUAUGAAGCAAAUUGCGGUUGUGAUGAUUCUUCUCAACAUCAGCUAUGGUCAGUUCACGCGCUCGCAGUCGGUCGACAUCGACGAGCCGCACACGUACACACCACCGAGGCACUACUUCCAGACGUCGUCGUUCGACGAGGCCGAGCUGGACGACGAGUCGACGGACGUGGCGAAAAAUCCGCUCGACCGCGGCCCGUACUUUGACAUUUCCGCCUCGCGGAACGUGACGGCGCUGGUUGGCAACACGGCCUACCUGAACUGUCGCGUGCGUAACCUUGGCAACCGCACGGUUUCCUGGAUCCGGCACCGCGAUCUGCACCUGCUGACGGUCGGGAAGGCAACCUACACCUCCGACCAGCGGUACCAGAGCGUGCACAAUCCCCAGCUGGACGACUGGUCGCUGAAGGUCCUGUACCCGCAGCAGCGGGACUCGGGUGUGUACGAGUGUCAAAUCUCCACGACGCCCCCGGUCGGCUACUCGAUGACGCUGGCAGUUGUGGAACCCAUAACGACGGUCGUCGGGGGACCGGACCUUUACAUCGACACCGGGUCGACCGUCAACCUGACCUGCAUCGUGAAACAUCUUCCCGAGCCACCGCCGCUGAUACAGUGGACCCACAACGGCGAGGAAAUCAACUACGAUUCGCCCCGGGGCGGCGUGUCGGUGAUCACGGAGAAGGGCGACAUCACGACCUCCUACCUGCUGAUCCAGCGGGCCCGCUCGUCCGACUCCGGCAAGUACACGUGCCUGCCGUCGACCGCCAACCCGAUGACGGUGCACGUCCACGUGCUCAACGGCGAACACCCUGCGGCGAUACAGGGCAGCGGACGGCAGCGAGCCAACGUGAUCCUUCCCAUCGUCCUGGCGCUGGCACUGGCGCUCCUUUCCCGGGCGGUGACCCGCGUUUCCGGUAACGGCGCGGUGCGGUAA